AUGGCAGCAUCAAAUAUUUUACAGGUGGUCCAUCCGGAAGAGCCCCAUGAUUUGAAAGGCGAAGAUGCCAAAGACUGCAUUCCUUGUCAAGCUAUGGCCUCCCUGACUGCGAUGUUUGCCGGUGCCUAUUUUGCCUCUGGUCGUUUAUUCAAGAAUGAUAAGGACUUGGUGAAAAAUCCAAAGUGGUGGAGACAGGGUAUUAAGGGUCUUGGUUUUGGACUCAUUGGUGCAGGAAUAUACAGAGGAGGUCAGGGCUGGCUUUGGGAUAAAGAUAGAGAAUACAAGAAGAACACCUUCUUUUCCAAAUGA